AUGGCGAGCAGUCCUGAGAGUAACAUGUCCCUCUCCGUUCAGAAACUCACACGCUCAGAAAGUUCCCGGGCGAAGAAGUCCCAGCAUGCAGAAGAAGCCAUCUUUUACAUGAAUUGCCGAGCAGCUUAUCUAACUGUUUUAAAAAGCAGUUUAGAAAAUAUUAAGUCAAAAGAACAACUCAGUUUAGUACUUCAACAGGCUGGAAGAAAUCCAUCUCAGAAGACGGUUAAUAAAUAUUGGACUUCACAAACGACUACACUGAAUUUUGAUGAUUUUUGUACUAUUUUAAAAAAAGAAAAACCAGCUACAAAAACUGAGUUGCUCGAAGCAUUUGGAAAAAUAGACACCGAUAACACUGGAUAUAUAUUGCAUGAUGAACUUUACAAAAUUCUUACAACAAGAGGCGAAAAAAUGACUCGGGAUGAAGUGAGUGCCAUUAUUAAACAAGCUGAUUUUAACUGCAGUGACAAACUUGACUACAACAAGUUUUGUGACUUAUACAUGACAACCAGUGAGAAAUGCUGCAAGACUGCAAGAGAGAAACUGGAAGUUGAUAGUCGAUUGAGACAACAGCAGUUUGGAAGUCAAGCUGAAACUUCCUCUGAAGGGAUCACACUGCCAGUGUCAAAAGUACCACCAAGAGUCUCGAGGAAAACUGAUCACAAAGUAGCACCAAGAGGUGAUAGCAGAACUCCUUCAAGACCCUCGUCAGCUCAAAGUUGCAAAGCAUCCAUUUCUACCACUAUCAGCAUGGGUGCCAGUAGCAACAGAAACACAAAGCUAAUUGAGCCAGACACAAUGAAGGAAUGGCAACGUGCACAAUCCAAAGGAUGCUUCUACUUAGAAGAAGAUGGUGAAAUCAUUAGUCACAAGUACAAGUUGCACAUACCUCAAAGGUCUACAGUAUGUAUCACCAUCAAGCCUUUAAAUGUUCGUCAGGUAGAAGGAAAAUUUUGUCACUGGUUGCCAGUGGAUACAGCUUUGUAUAUUCUGAAGGAAAAUGAAACCCAAGAAAAUCUACAGCUUGUGAGCUUUACUGAACAACAAAACAAAGAGAUGUUUGGAUGGAAAGGGGAGCUUGGAUCAGGCAUUUACUGGCUACUCCCAUUCACAACAGGCUGUAGGUUGAAGAAAGUAAAACCACAAAUUACUGGAGAAGCAAAACUGGUGUAUAGAGGUGAAGAUGGAGAGCUGGCUCUGAGCAAAGAGUUCCGAGCUGCUUUAUUGGAUAUAUUUGAAACAAUUGAUUUGGAUGGAAAUGGCCUUCUGAGUUUGGAGGAAUACAAUUUCUUUGAACUGAGAACUAGUGGUGAGAAAUGUGAUGAGGAAGCGUGGGCUGUAUGCAAGGAGAAUUUUGAUAUGAAAAAAAAUGAACUAACAAGACAAGGAUUUAUGGAUUUGAAUCUCAUGGAAGCCAAUGACCGUGAAGGGGAUCCUAGUGACCUUUGGGUCACUUUAUUGUCUCUGGGCUACAAUAAAGCAUUAGAAAUGACCGAGGCAUGCCCCUUUGUCAUUGACAUCUAUGCAGAAAAAUGCAAACCCAGAAUUAAAGCCAUAUAUCUGGAGGCAGGGAGCUGGCAACUAAACAAGGCUAUUUGUAAGUCCGUUGUUAAUAAAGGAGAGGCCAAAGUAAUGGAUGGCUGUGAAAACAUAAUUAUCUAUACCUACAAAGCGGGCAGGAGAAUCACUUCUGUUAUUGAAAAUAAGUCUGAAAACAAAGUGAUUAUUCAUGUCAACAAUGAGCAGAGCAAGAACUGCCUAAGUAAUAGGGGACUUACUGUUUUUGCUGUAGAAGUGGCACCAAAGUCCAUGAUGGUUUCUCAGCAUGUGAUGCCACUGAACGAGCAGGAAGAAUGGCUUUAUAAUUGUGUACAUUCCCUCUUAUGUUAA